CUUAAACAUCCCUUGUCGAGUGCCUCGCAUUCGCCAUCUUCACCUUUCUUCCCCUGGCUACGAGCAAUUCCCAUUCUGCGGCCGGCUGCCUUUGGUGUUGCGUGCGAAUUUUCCGUCAUCACGACUACCACCGACCCGACUCGUGACAGCUUUUGCCCAACGCCACGAUCUCGUACCGCCCCCGACUACACCGCGACUACGCAUCGCUCCUUUUUUCUGGCCUCGUUGGCCCCCCGCCCAGAUCGCAAUCUCCGUCACGCACCGCAGCAUAGCCUCCCCGGCUCGAAUUCUACAUACUCCGUGUUGCCUCAAUUCCUGUUAGUCCUCAAGCAUGUCCUCUGGACUCACCCGCCGUCGCGGUGGUGCCGCUCCUGGCGGUGCUGCCAACGAAGCCGAGGGCAGCAACAACACAGCUCCCAAGAAGGACACCGGCAACAGCGCCCCCGAGACGAGCUACGAGAACAGCGAAAAUGGCCACAAGAUUGCCUUCGAUCCCCGUGAUAUGAGCGAGAGCGCCGAGCGCAGCAAACAGCCUAAGCUCACUCUGAUGGAAGAGGUGCUGCUGUUGGGCCUGAAGGAUAAGCAGGGAUACCUGUCUUUCUGGAACGAUAACAUUUCAUAUGCCUUACGAGGAUGUAUUGUGCUCGAAUUAGCCUUCCGCGGCCGCAUCAGCAUGGAAAAGGACCCCUCGCGACGACGCUUCUCCCCCGCCGACCGCAACAUUGAAGUCAUAGAUGACAGCCUCACUGGCGAGGUUCUUCUUGACGAGGCCCUCAAGAUGAUGAAGCAGAGCGAAAAGAUGAGCGUCAGCUCGUGGAUCGAUCUUAUGAGCGGCGAAACAUGGAACCUCAUGAAGAUUGGCUACCAGCUGAAGCAAGUCCGCGAGCGUCUUGCCAAGGGCCUCGUGGACAAGGGCAUCCUGCGAACCGAGAAGCGAAACUUCCUGCUCUUCGACAUGGCGACGCACCCCGUCGCCGACGGUGGUGCCAAGGAGGAGCUCCGCCGCCGCGUGCGCAACAUACUUACACAACGCACCGUCGUAAUCAACGGCAGCCAGUUCCUGCCCGAGAACCUCGACUUCCGCUACCUGCGCUCCGUGUGCAUGGUGUGCGCCGCCUACGCCGCCAACGUCCUCGAGAACGCCCUGUCCACCAUGGGCCACGAAGCACGAGAGCGCGCGUUUGCGCAAACAGACGAGCUGCUAGCAGACUACAGCCAGUGGCCAUUUGGAAAGAAGGCCACAGGCAAUGGCAUUGGUGCCAACUUGCCCCAGGUUAUUGCGGAGGAAAUCUCCAAGUCCAAGGAUAAGGAACUGCAAAUGGAAGUGGUGGUUGCUUGCUUGAGCGUCUUUACUCGCCUGGACUCACUACUGUAACGAUCAAAACACAGAGGACCUGUUAAUACUAUUAUACACGCUUUUUUUAAUACUCCGCGGAACAAAAAUCACUGGACAACUGAGCCGAAUCGAUCGAUGAAGAAGUAGCGAUGGUGCAGAUAGACAGCAAAGGCUUGUCUGUCUAUUAUUUAAAUUUUUCCCUUUGUUCUUUCGUGUAUUGUUUUUUUCUAAGAUGCGUUUACUGUGAAUUUUGCCUAAAUGUGGACGGCCACCUAAGGGACAGACAGUUGUGAUAGAAAGAGAAAGCUUUUAUUGUUUUGCAAUUAUCAUUCUAUGUACAUUCGCCAUGCUGUGCGAAACAAUUCUACAUGAAGCAAUACCGUAAAAAACGAAGAAAAUAGCAUAAAAAUGUCAACCUCCCAGCAAACAAGAGCUCCUAUUUUUUGGUUCAAGCCGUAGUACAGCGUUUACUUCUUCUUGGAGCCGCCGACCCCAAAGCUUCCCUCGAAGCCAGGACGUCCACUCUUCUUCUUCUUAGGCGCGCUCGGCUUCUUCUUCUUGCCGCCGACCUUGCGGAUCAACUUAUCGUCACGGCGCUUCUUGAGGUUCUCCUCGCGCUUCUUCUGGCGCUCUCGUUGCGAGUGGUCCUGCGACUGGAUACGCUCGGUCCACGCCUUCUCACUCUUGCGCUUGGCGACCUCCUUGCGCUUAAUAGUCUUCUUGAGAAUGUUCUCGUCGUCGCGGAUCUUCUCGCCCUCGGCGCGGCGGCGGGCCGUCAGCCACGCGUCCUUGUCGGCAAUGUCGUUGCGGGUGGCCUCGUCCAUGGCGUUGAGGCGCUUCUUUUGGUUCUGCACCUUGAUCAGGGCUGUCUUGGGAUCCGAGGGACCCUUCUUCUUGCCCUGGUUCAGCACGUAGCUAAGGUCGUGCGACAUCUGCGAGCCGUCGCCAAAAGCAACACGGCCAAAUGAGAAGCUGGACUCGUCCAUCUCAACGGCGGGCGACAUGAUUCCGGGGGAGUUUGUGGCGAGGGCCUCUUCGCGCUUGCGCUCUUGCUCGACCUUGGCGAGGCGGCGGACCUCCUGUUUGUGUUCUUUGCGCUGGGCUUGCUUUAUGCGGCGCGACUCGAUGAGUUCCUGGCGGGUGCGGAUGGGCUUGCCAUCGGGGCCGUCGGCUUUACGGGCUGCGCGGAGUGCUGCAAUCUUAGCCUCGAGGCGAGCGCGGAUCACGGAUGUGUCGGCGGGGAUCUUGAUGUGUUUGGGCUUUUCGGAGGGAGGUACGGUGGAGGAGAUGGAGGUUGUGGUGCUGGAAGGCUCAGCAGAUGCCGAGUUUGUCUGUGUCUCGGCAUCAAAUGUAGGAGACUGGGGGGCAGAUUGGUCGGGGGACUCGUCGUCGUCGUCGUCGUCACCAUUGUCGAAGCCGUCGAGCACCAUUUCGGCGUCCGCCUUGGCUUCUACAGCAUCGCUGUCCUCGUCGACUUGUUUGCUGACUUCGGCCUUUUUCGUCUUGCUCUUCUUACUCGACUCAGGUACUGGCUUGGUGGUUGUGUUUGACUCGCCUCCAUCUACCUUUUGUGCUUUCUUGGCAGCCUUCUUCUCUUGCUUGCGCUCCCGCUUGGCGAUCUUCUUUUGGUCCUUUUUCGAUAAUGUAGAGAUGUCGAUUUCUUCUCCCUCGCUUUCCUCUUCUGGUACUUCGACUUCUUUCUUUUUCGGCUCGGGUUCGGAUUCUGUCUUGCUCUUUAAACCCUGGCCGGGCAACUCAAUCUCGACUCCGUCCAUGGCUUCAAACGAAACGUCAGCAUCGUCGUCCAUGUCGGCGUCCUCCUCAUUUUCCUCUUCCUCAUCGUCGUCUUCCUCAUCGUCAUCUUCGUCUUCGUUCUCUGCUUCUCUCAUUUGGCGCUUAUGUCUCGCUCGCUCAUCCAUGACUUCUUUAGCAUUGCGGUUCAAUUCGCUGUCGGGAUCGAGCUUGCCACGACGAGCGGCGGCAGCUUCCUUUUUCGUUUGCUUCUUCUUAUUCCAUUGGCCCUGU